AUGACACGAACUGCUCCCCGCUCCUGCCUCCUGGCCCUGUUGGUGGCAGUCCUAGCCCAAGGCAUCAGGGGCUCCCGUAGGGCCCAGGACCCAGGUCCCUGGCCGCUGGAGCUGAAAGAGGUCUUCAAGUUGUUCCAGGUCCAGUUCAACCGGAGUUACUCGAACCCAGCAGAACAUGCUCGCCGCCUGGACAUCUUUGCCCACAACCUGGCCCAGGCUCAACGGCUGCAGGAGGAGGACUUGGGCACAGCUGAGUUUGGAGUGACUGCAUUCAGUGACCUCACAGAGGAGGAGUUUGGCCAGAUCUAUGGGCAUCAGAGGGCAACUGGAGAGGUGGCCAGCGUGGGCAGAAAGGUAGGAUCUGAAGAGCAGGGGGAGCCAGUGCCCCUGACCUGUGACUGGCGGAAGGUGGCCAACGUCAUCUCGCCCAUCCAGAACCAGGAAAACUGCAACUGCUGCUGGGCCAUGGCGGCAGCGGGCAACAUCGAGGCCCUGUGGGGAAUCACGUACAAAGCCCCUGUGGAAGUCUCUGUGCAGGAGCUGCUCGAUUGUGGCCGGUGUGGGGAUGGCUGCCAGGGUGGCUUCGUCUGGGACGCGUUUAUAACUGUCCUCAACAACAGCGGGCUGGCCAGUGCAAAGGACUACCCGUUCCGGGGCCACGGCAAAACCCACAGGUGCCAGGCCAAGAAGUACCAGAAGGUGGCCUGGAUCCAGGAUUUCAUCAUGCUGCAGGACAACGAGCAGAGAAUUGCCCAGUACCUGGCCACCCAUGGCCCCAUUACUGUGACCAUCAACAUGAAGCUACUGAGGCAUUACCAGAAAGGUGUGAUCAAGGCCACACCCACCGCCUGUGACCCCCAGCAUGUGGAUCAUUCUGUCCUGCUGGUGGGUUUUGGCAGGGACCAACCAGAGGAGGGGAUAUGGACAGAGACAGUUUCGCCCCAGUCGCGUCCUCGCCGCUCCAUCCCAUAUUGGAUCCUAAAAAACUCCUGGGGGGUCCACUGGGGAGAGAAGGGCUAUUUCCGGCUGCACCGAGGGAACAACACUUGCGGCAUCACCAAGUACCCACUCACUGCCCGCGUGGACAAACCAGUUAGAAAACGCCGGGUCUCCUGUCCCCCCUGAGCCUGUCCAGCUUCCCUGCAGCUAUCUCCUGCUAUGCCUGCUGCUG